AUGCCACGGCUCCGUCCAUCACUGCUAUGGAAAGCAUGUCGAAUAUCCCCAGAUUUGGCGAGGCUUCUCCCGGUAUGCAGAGACAUUCCAUCGGCGCUGAAUGAGCUGCGGUGGAUCCGCGAACAUGUCCAAUCUUUACCUGCGCCAGAAAACGGUCGAUAUCAUGAUCGACAACUUCGUGACAUUAUAGCCAGGCAAAUCUGCAUGCGCCGAGGCCUCGGUGAGCCUUUACAGUAUUUGCUGGGCACGCAACCCUUUGGGGACUUGGAAAUACUAUGCAGGCCUGGCGUGUUGAUUCCUAGACAUGGGCUGGUGGGCGAGGUCCGUGGCGUCGACAUCUCCUCCAAGGCUCUUCGCCUGGCCCGAGAUAACGCAGCCCACAACAGGGAACUCCUGCGAAACUGCGAACCACGGUUCCAAAAGCUAGACGUCUUCGCCGCCGAUGACGCUCACACGACAAGCAGCCUGGCGGAGGACGGCAGCUGGGAUGUGGUUACUUGCAACCCGCCGUACAUAUCCGAGGCUGGCUUUGCGCGUGACACGACCCGAUCCGUGAGGAACUUUGAACCGAGGAACGCCAACGUCCCCGAGCAGCGGGACCUCGGCGGCUUGUAUGACGCGGUCAGGCCCGAGGACGUCUUCUAUGCGCGAGUCCUGGACAUGUGUCGAGAGCAUCUGCGACCUCGGGUGGUGUUCUUUGAGGUGGGCGACUUGGAACAGGCCAAAAGGGUCACUGCUAUGGCUUUAAAGGAUCAAGUCCAGGCUGAGAUCUGGCGUGACCUGCCUGAUGUUAUGCCUGGUCAUGAUGACGAUGGAUCGGCUAGUGUCAGCAUUAAUGGGGUGACCGUGGCCGUCAAGGGGAGUGGCCAUGGUAGAGGCGUGCUGAUCCAGUAUCAUGGUGGAGGCGAUCGACAAGGGCAUAGCUGA